AUAAGUAAACUUAGUUCGGGGGGAAUUGUCCUUUCAUUCUAUUUUAAAUUUAUUAGUGUCUCAAGCAUCUGAUUCGAAAGAUAAGGCAGAGAAGAAAAGAAAGCAAAAUGGCUUUCACAAUUUCGCCACCUGUACUCCACUCUCUCUCAGUCCGCCGUGUUCGCGACGCGCUCCCCGGACGAUCCAUCAAGGCGCAGGUCAGUAAACCUGCGCCGACGGUUUCUCUCCCUAACCGGAGGCAGCUUCUGUUCUUUCUGACGGCAACGACGGCAUUGACAGUUAAAGACCCGCCGUCGAAAGCGGAGGACAUUCCAUUGUUCGGUUUGAGGAAGAAGUUGAAGAAAGCGGAAGAGGAAGCGACGGAGAUAGUAAAGGAAGGGAUCCGGACAGCUGAGAAUGGGCUGGAGACGGCGGAGAUUGAGAUUAAAACGGCGGAAAAGGAAAUAGAAAGUAGCGUUGAUUAUGGCGCGUUGGUUCAGGCGGGUGCCGUGGCGGGAGCCGAAUUAGUCGGGGUUGUGGUGGCUACUUCUAUUGUUAAUGGAAUUUUAGGGGCUGAUCCUCAAAAAUCUUAAAAUUUUUUGGAUGUUUAAUUUGGUUUAAAGUAAUGUUAUUAAUUGAAGUAAUUACAAUUUUUUUUCUUGUUCA